UCUAUUUGAUGGAGAGGAGUUAAAUCUAGCCAAAGUUUCACGUCAAAGUAUGGGAGCCUAUUUAUGUAUAGCUUCAAAUGGUGUCCCACCAGCAAUAAGUAGAAGGAUGUACAUUGACAUCACUUUUCCUCCAAUGAUAUGGAUUCCUAAUCAGUUAGUUGGAGCAGCGGAAGGCCAACACGUUGACUUGGAAUGCAAUACUGAGGCACAUCCAGCAGCUACGAAUUUCUGGGUGAGAAACGAUCACGUGGUCGGAACAUCAGAUGUGAAAUACGAAACACACUUGACAGCCAACGGGUAUAAAGUGCACAUGAAGUUGAUAGUGAAGAACCUCGACAAAAAUGACUUCGGGAUCUACAAAUGUGUUUCGAAAAACGCUUUGGGUGAAACGGCAGGUUCAGUAAAUUUGUACAAAGUUAAAGCAACUAGUGUUUUUAAUAGAAAUAGUCCUCCUACUUCAAUUUCUCCAGAAGAAACUGUGCAAAAAAUAACUGUAACAGAAGAUAUAGACGAAGAAAUUUUAUCCAACAUUGGAAUCCAGGAUGAUCUAUCACAGCUUGAAGAAGAAACAGAAAUAAGCAUUGCGCACAGCACAGGCUCUUCAAGUACUCCCAAGUUUCUCUUGAUGAAGAAAGAACUGUGGCUGAUUUUACCUGCAUUUCUCAUAAUAUAAACAGCUGACAAAAAAUGAAAUAAAACUGCAAUUAUGAAACACGAAACUAUGUACAGCUACAACCGAUUCUUGUAUAUUGUUCAGAAGAUUACUAUUCGACACAAAGAUUUUGAGUUCCAAAAUUUAAAAAGCCCAUAUGAAAAAUAUC